UAACGCGCACCUGUUGCACCAUUUCCGGUUUGAUUUUUGAACGAUGUCGAAACGAAAAUUGGACGUAGAAAGCAGUAUAAGCGAUAUAUGUGAUACCAGUGACGAAAAGCAAAGUCGCUUCAAAGAAAAGCAUUCCCUUGAUAGCGACGAAGAGGACGAGACGGGCCAAGAUUAUGAAAUUCUGCCGGAGGAUGACAUUGAAGGACAAGAGGACACUACAAUUGAUUCCUAUGAAGGGAUUAAAGUAACUCCCUUCAACAUGAAAGAGGAACUAGAAGAAGGACACUUUGACAAAGAUGGGAUGUACAUUUUCGACAAAACUAAGGAAAUAAAAGAUAACUGGAUCGAUAAUAUUGACUGGGUCAAAAUCAAAGCAAAAGAAAAAGACCAUGAAGAUAAGAUGGGUGAUUCAGAGUCAGAUGACGAAGAGGAUUUUGAUGAAAAGGCUGUUUACACAGAAAUCUUAUCCUUUUUAAAACCUGGUGAAACCAUUGCUAAAGCUCUCAAACGACUCGGGGGUAACAAGGGGAAGAUACAAUCGUCCAGUCAGAGAUGGAAAGCCAAGAAACAGAAAACACCAAACGACACUGGGGGGCCAUCGGAGGAGGACAAACAGAAUUUUCUGAAAUUGACAGAGUUGGCAGAUAAAGUUAUGAGCACUGGCAACAUGGAGGUGUAUGAAAUGACAUAUGAAAAAGUGAAUUUCUUGUUGAAAAAAUUUGAACCAUCAAAAACUGAAAUUCCUGAAGACAUGGACAAUGAUGAUGCAUUAGAUAUGUUUGCAGAAAAUUUUGACAAAGAAUCUGGUACUAAAGAAGACAGCAGCAAAGGCAGUGAGGAACCAAAAUCUGAACAUAAGGAAAAUAACAGUAGUUCAAAAACUGUUCUGGUCGCUACGUCCAGUGAGGUGAUGUGGGAGUACAAGUGGAAGACGGAGGACGAGGAGAUUCACGGACCGUUCACCAGCGCGCAGAUGUUGCAGUGGAGCGAGGAGGACUACUUCCCGGACGGAGUGUACGUCAGGAAAACCUCCAACACGGACGGACCAUUCUACAGCUCCAAGAGGAUUGACUUUGAUUUGUACACGUAGAUCUCUCCCUUCCUUAACAAUAGUCACAUUUUUACAUAUCUCAUUGUCUGAAUAUUCAUUGAAUAGAGUGCUCAUAUAUCAAUUUUUGUACAUAGUGAUUUUUGGGAAACUUCCAAGGAAUGAAAACAUUCAAGGAAUUAAAACUAUUGGGCAUUGGUGUGUGUAUAUUUGAAUUUACCAGUCGUUCGGUAUCAACUUUCAUGAAAUAUUUUAGACCUACAUCAGUGUUUGCCUAUAUGUCCAAUACUCUCACUUACGUGACCAAGAAGGUAGCUUAGAAUAAAUACAAACUGAUCAGACUUAA